AUGGCUUCUUCGUUUCAAAUGACGCUGGAUUUUCCGGCCAAAUCUCAGCUGUUUCUGGGAAAAUCCCGGAAUAACCGGAAGCCGCGGUCUGUAAUGGUGAGGUGUGAUGAUAAUGGUAGCAAAAAACUGAAGGUGUUGAUAGCCGGAGGGGGGAUUGCAGGGCUCGUUUUUGCGGUGGCGGCCAAGCGGAGCGGAUUUGAUGUAGCGGUUUUCGAGAAGGAUCUGACGGCGGUGCGGGGAGAAGGUCGUGACCGUGGUCCCAUACAGUUGCUGAGCACUGCAUUGGGGCUGCUGGAAAAAAUUGAUAAGGAUGUGGUGAGGGAGAUUAAUGAGGUUGGUUAUGUAACUGGUAAUAGGACUAACGGCCUAGCAGAUGGCACCACGGGCAACUGGUUCACAAAGUUUGAUUUUCUAACCCCAGCUCUAAAGAAGGGUAUUCCAGUCACUCAGAUAAUAUGCAGAAUGGAAUUGCAAAGGCUCCUUCUCCAUGCACUUGGCCCUCACUUAGUUAUCAACAACUCUAAAGUUGUCGACUUUGUCAAUCAUCCCAACAAGGUGACAGUGAUUCUUGAAAAUGGGCAAGAGCACCAAGGCGAUCUAUUGAUCGGGGCAGAUGGCAUGAGAUCGCUGGUGCGCUCAAGACUAUUUGGUCAUAAAGACCCAAAGUACUCGAACUUUAUAUGCUACACUGGCGUUGCCGAUUUCCAUCCUGACUAUCUCCCUCCUUUUGGGUACAAGAUAUUCGUGGGACAUAACAAAUACUUUGUCGCAUUAGAUAUUGGUAACGGGCGUAUGCAGUGGUACGCAUUCGGCAAAGAGGCACGCGAUUCUCUUGCUCCAUCCAAUGGGAACAAGAAGAAGCUAUUAGAAGAUUUUGGGAAAUGGUGCGAUGAAGUGAUAGAGAUUUUGGUGAACACGGAAGAGAAGAUGAUCAUAAGGAGACCCAUACACGAUAUAGACAUGUUAAAGACGUGGGGAAAGGAGCGCGUGGUAUUGAUAGGCGACGCCGCUCAUGCAAUGCUACCUAAUCUUGGCCAAGGAGGUAGCAUGGCAAUCGAGGAUUGUUACUGGCUCAUGCUCGAGCUGCGAAAACUUGUCGAAUCAAACCCUAUUUCCGGAAUUUCGUCUGAUGAUAUAGCACAAGCGUUCAAAAGAUUCGAAAAGAAGAGAAUGUUCAGAGUGAGGACGGUGCAUACGAUAUGUAGAAUGGCUUCUAUUAUGACCAUCUUUUAUCAAACAUACGUCAACAUUGGUCCUCUUCCUGUCUUUAACCUGUCGGCAUUACGGUUUAAACACCCUGCGCUUCUUUUAUCGAGCACAGUACUAAAGUUUGCUUUGCCCAAGUUCAUGGACUGGGUUGUUGUUGGCCAAGAAUGA